UUGUCCUCGCGCGAGCGCCGUCCGCGGCCGGCGCCGGAAGCGCGCGAUGGGCGAGACCGUCUCCAAGAGGCUGAAGCUGCAGCUGGGAGGCGAGGCCGAGAUGGAGGAGCGGGCGUUCCCCAACCCCUUCGCGGACUACGAGCCCGCCGCCGCCGCACUCGCCUCCGCGGCGGCCGAGGGCACCGGCUGUGCUCGGCCGCCGCCCACCGCGGACGAGCCCAGCCUGCCCUUCCACCCCGACGGGAAGAUCAUUCAGAAUUUCACAAGACAAAUCCAGACCAAAAUCAAAGAUCUUCUACAGCAAAUGGAAGAAGGCUUGAAGACAGCUGAUCCCCAUGACUGUUCAGCAUACACUGGUUGGACAGGCAUAGCCCUUUUGUACUUGCAGUUGCACCGGGUCACCUGUGACCAGACCUAUCUGCUCCGAUCCCUGGAUUAUGUGAAGAGAACCCUUCGGAAUCUGAGCGGCCGCAGAGUCACUUUCCUCUGUGGAGACGCUGGGCCCCUUGCUGUAGGAGCGGUAGUUUAUCAUCGACUCAGAAGUGAUUGUGAGUCCCGGGAAUGUAUCACAAAACUUCUUCAGCUGCACAGAACUGUUGUGAGCCAGGACUCAGACCUUCCUGAUGAGCUGCUGUACGGGCGGGCUGGCUACCUGUAUGCCUUGCUGUACCUCAACACAGAGAUUGGCCCUGGCACUGUGUGUGAGUCAGCCAUUAAGGAGGUCGUCGAUGCUAUCAUUGAAUCAGGUAAGGCUUUGUCGAGGGAAGAAAGGAAAGCUGAGCGCUGUCCCCUGUUGUACCAGUGGCACAGGAAGCAGUAUGUUGGCGCAGCUCAUGGCAUGGCUGGAAUUUACUAUGUGUUGAUGCAGCCAACAGCAAAGGUAGACCAAGAAACAUUGAUGGAAAUGGUGAAACCUAGUAUUGAUUAUAUACGCCACAAAAAAUUCCGAUCUGGGAAUUACCCAUCAUCACUGAGCAAUGAGACGGAUCGACUCGUGCACUGGUGCCACGGAGCCCCAGGGGUGGUGCAUAUGCUGAUGCAGGCAUACAAGGUCUUUAAGGAGGAGAAGUACUUGAAGGAAGCCAUGGACUGCAGCGAUGUGAUCUGGCAACGGGGCUUGCUCCGGAAGGGCUAUGGGAUCUGCCAUGGGACUGCUGGAAAUGGCUACUGCUUCCUGUCCCUCUACCGCCUCACACAGGACAAAAAGUACCUCUACCGGGCCUGCAAGUUCGCAGAGUGGUGUCUGGACUAUGGAGCUCACGGGUGCCGCAUCCCUGACAGGCCCUACUCGCUCUUUGAAGGCAUGGCUGGUGCAGUUCACUUCCUCUCUGACAUCCUGGUGCCAGAAACAUCACGGUUUCCAGCCUUUGAACUUGGCUCUUCACAGAAGGAUGAAAAGGUACAAAAAGACACGUAAAAUACCAGCCUGCUUCAUGCCUGACCCAGAACCAGCUAUGAAUCUGGAAAGAAAGGACAAGAAGCAGAUACUUGGCACAUCCCCCUUCCUCACAGAGACCCUGUGUCAGAGCAUGACCAACGGAAACCCUGCCAUCCACGUCCUGUGUCCCCUCGCCAUGUGAAAAAUGAGUUCUCCACACCCAGACCGUGUGGUGUCUGCAUGUUUCUUCGUGUUUGCAGGUGUAGGUGGCUGUUAGUAUCCCCACAAGCUCGGAGCUGCAUCUACCCAGGAAUGGACAGAGUCGGCUCUCUUGCAUGUCAGAAAAUGCGGGGUGCAUGAGGGAAAGCAGAAGGCAGUGGAGAAUGUGAGGUGGGAGGCCUCUCUGCACGCGUGUCACCUUGUUUCUGAGGAGCCCCCACGGGCGCAAGCAGCUCCCAGAGCCGUGGUCUCGGUGCAGAGGUUCCUGGAGCCUUGGGUGCAGGCCCCUUGAACCCAGGCUGCUCUGGGGAACAACUCAAAGCUGGAGAGAGCAGCCCUACCACAAGGGAGCAGUAAGGUCAAGCAUGGCUGUCGUGGGCACUCACCAGGCACAGACUCAAGUUCCUCAGCACUGUGGCUUAUGGAUGCGAGGGAGGGGAGACCAAGGUCCAGCAAUUGGCGAGCACAGUUCACAUGGGUAAGUCAUCAGGUACAGACUUGGAUGGGCACUCUGGGGCAGAAUAAAUCACAAGCACUGGUAUGCACUGCAAACAGGCUUCACUGUUAUAGCCAAGAUGCCAGCAUGGGCUGUGGGUUAUCUGUGUCUCUCCUAAAAUGGCCAUUAAUCUGGAUUCUUGCACUCCCAGAAUUGUACAUGGAUUUCAGUUCUCGGGACACCAGCUCAAGCCUCAGUUGCCAAGGGACCAGCCUGGGAGUGGGUGAGGGCAGUAGAUGCGUUCAGUCUGGCCCUGCCAAAGCAGCUGCACCCAGAACUUUGAGUCCAGCAGAUCUACACAGCAGACUGUAAAAUGCUGGUUUUAUAGGACCCAUGGGGGCUGUUACAUUCAAAUGGAUCUCGGCAUAGAAAAGUUUCUCCAGCCCAGGCACCCUGGAACUCCUUACCAGCUCCAGAGACUGUCUACACCCUCCCUAACCCCAGGGGCUGUCUACACUGUCACCGCCCAGAUACCAUCUUAGUACUCAACAUCCUAAGUACUGUGUCACCUGGGUAUCCCUUUUACAAGGAGAAAGAAAACCACAGCAGAAGGAAGACCCCUAAGCUAUCACUGGACCUUCAUUGGGUACUGGCACCCUGACACAUGGCCUUGCUCUUUGAGUGACCCUGUGCCUCUAUUGCAGAUGCUUCUGCUUGUAAAAGUUGGUGGUUCCUUGUGGCUUUAGGGUUCAACUCCUAGAUCCUAAAGGCAAGCCAUGCACCUCACACAGGCUGGACUGUCCUCAGAGUGACACUUCAGCCAUCACAGCCCUCUUCGCAGGAAGUGAUAUGUCCUGUUCCCACUGUCCCAUUCUGUAUCUGAAGUGACAUGUUCAUUUCCAAAGGAAGCUGGUUGCCCCACAGCACAGCCCUUUGUGGCAGGGAGGAGGCCACUCCUGGAAUCCUUACUGGCCUGGUGACUUCAGGCCCAGGAGUCUGGGUGUUUACUGGCAUGCAUGCUUGAAGACUAAUUGUCAGUGUGACUACCCCAUGUAGAAGAGAACAUAUCUGAGAGUUUACAGACUCUGUGAACUCUGAAGCCACCUGUCCACCAGGUAGUGAGGCACCACCAUGCCACUUAGAUGCCAUGAAGGCAGCCCCAGGAUAGGAUGUGGGUGCCCUAUGGGGGCCUUCGGUCACUCCUGGAGUCUGACAUGCUGCUCUGUAGACCACAGAUAGGCACACUCACAACACUGACCACAACUGUUCCACUGUGCUUGAGGCCUUUGCCUCUGUGAUUAGAUAAAAUGUGGUUGAUGGCAACAGCCUGUGGCAUCUUGGUUUACCAUCAGUCUGCUGAUCCAGUGCUGGGCAACGGGCUCUCAGCUGAAACACUCAUUUAUGUUCCUGAGAGGGUCUUUUGCGCUCAGUUCUAGCAAGACAUCCCACCCUGGAUGGUGGUAAGGUUGCUGACCCUGUCCUGUGAUCAGAGAAGGACGGGCAGUCUGGAUGCCAGGCAUGCUCAUCAGAGCAUCCCGAGUCCCUGCCUGACCUGUUGCAUGCACCGGCCAGAGAGGCCUGUGCUUGGGGUCCCCAACACCUUGGGGAUCCUGUGUUGCAGUGAACACACCGUUUUUAGUUGAGGAAUGCAGUGUCACAUCUGUUGGAUGUGCUACAUUCACAAAAACAGUAAUCCAAAUGGAAGUCCAGGUCCCCAGCAUUGUUACAAAGACUUAAGGAGGCAGGGUGUAGAGUAAGGCCAUGCAUUUGUCUCCAGCUUUCCUCGAAGUUCCAGCUCCUAGGAGUGAAAAGGGGAUGGGUAUCAAUACAGGCAUGCAUGCUGGCAGGCUGUUCUGUGGGAGGUGGACAUGCCAGCUGCAGGUCCUAGCUGCUUCUAUACCACUGCCCUGGGAAGAGCCAGUGUCAGUCAUGGAAGAACAGGUGGUGGCAGUCCUAGUUGCUCAGCACACAGCCUGCCCUGUACUCCUGUCUAUGGAUCAGCUCAAGGCUUUGGGCUCAUUGUGGGACCACAGCCAGAUCCCCAAAACACCAGUGGCUGCAGGUAGUCCAGUCCACUUCAUACAUAGCACCACCAAUUUCCCAUGUGUGUUUGGGAGGCUGGAGCCCUCAUCCAGCACGUGAGGACCGAGCACUUAUAGUGUGUCAUGCAAAACUGGGAAGAGGGCAGAGACAGACCCAUUAGGUUCCUCUUGUGCCACAUGCACAUACACUAAUUCUGAGAGCAUGAGGCCUACUGGUGUGAAGAACUUUACCAUCCUACCACUAAACAUGGAACAAAAACCUGAGCUGCUUCCAGGUAGUUAUGGAGUCUCUGGAAGUGACCAUCAUCCACUGCAGGGGAGAUCAAAAUACGAACAACAGCCAUAUCACCAACGGAAAUACACUGGCAGAUGCAGCAGCAAAAAAAGGUAUUACUUGGGAGUUUUGGAACUGGCUUUAAACCUGGAUGUCUUGAGUCUUUAUAGGUGUAUGCACAUUGCUAAGAUGCAUGUUAAAUGCUAUGCAUCCUGAGUAUUCCACAUCAUCACCAAAUGCAUGUCCAGUGCUGUGUCAUGAUUUCCCCACAUGCAUUACCAACAUGCAUGUUAAUGCUGUGUCUCAUGAUCUUCUACACAUUCCUGUUACCUGGAAGAAUGCAAUGCAAUCCUGCCAGCCUUGAUCUCACCAACCAAAGACCCUCUGAAGAACUCGACCCUGGCAAGUGGCAAGAAUAUCACAAUGCCACUUGUUUUUCAAAUUGGCAAAACUACAUCCAAACUGAAUCAUUCAGUCAUGGCUCACUCCAUGCAUAAUGGCAACAAAGUUUGGUUAGCAAAUUAGAAUAUGUAAUGUCAAAAGCUCAAAAUGAAACAGAACACUUAAGAGGCAAAAUUAUGGCCUGUCACAAUGGUUUAAUGGCUAAAUCCUCACCUUGAAAAUGCUGAGAUCCCAUUUGAGUGGUGUCAGUUUGUGUCCCAGCUGUUCCAUUUCCCAUCCAGCUCCCUGCUUGAAGCCCAGGAAAGCAGUAGAGGACAGCCAUGCCCCCAUGUGGGACCUAGAAGCUUCUAACUUCAGAUCAGCUCAGGCUGUCAUAUCCAUUUGGGGAGUGAACCAGCGGGUGAAGAUCUUUUUACCUCUCCUCCUUUGUAAAUCUGAUCUGCCUUUCCAAUAAAAAGUGUUUUAAAAA